CAUCAGGCAGCGACCCUUUCCGUACAGCGCAUGCGUAAAUCGACGAGUCCUCGCCUCGGUCACUGCCGGUCACUGCGAGCGCUGUAGGUGAAGCGGUCUCGGAAGAGGCGUACGGUCAACAUGCAGACCUGGAACCAUCUAUACCGCACACUCGCCACGCGAGGUCAGCACCUCCCCAACAAGCUGCAUGGAGCCACAGUCUUGUCUGUGAGAACAUAUGCGGAUAAAUCACCAAUUGAUGCUGAUGUCACAGUUGUGGGCUCUGGGCCGGGAGGAUACGUCGCCGCCAUCAAAGCAGCUCAGCUUGGCUUUAAGACAGUAUGCGUGGAAAAGAACGCGACCCUCGGGGGGACGUGUUUGAACGUGGGCUGCAUCCCGUCAAAGGCUCUGCUGAACAACUCGUACCUGUAUCACUUGGCGCACGGGAAAGAUUUAGAAAGCAGAGGCAUUGAAAUUCAAGGGAUCUCAUUGAAUCUGGAGAAGAUGAUGGCACAGAAGAGUGGGGCUGUCAAAGCUCUGACAGGAGGAAUCGCACACUUAUUUAAACAGAACAAAGUAACUCACGUCAACGGUUUUGGACUGAUAACUGGCAAGAAUCAAGUAACCGCAAAGACUGCGGAUGGAGAACAAGUCAUAAACACCAAGAACAUCCUCAUAGCUACUGGAUCAGAGGUCACCCCCUUCCCAGGCAUCGAGAUCGAUGAAGACACUAUUGUCUCAUCCACCGGCGCUUUGUCCCUCCAGAAGGUUCCUGAGGAGCUGAUCGUGAUCGGAGCUGGAGUCAUCGGCGUCGAGUUGGGGUCCGUGUGGCAGAGGCUGGGUGCCAAAGUCACAGCAGUGGAGUUCCUCGGCCACGUCGGCGGAAUGGGCAUCGACAUGGAGAUCUCCAAGAACUUCCAGCGAAUUCUCCAGAAGCAGGGUUUGAAGUUCAAACUGAGCACCAAGGUCAUGGGUGCCACCAGGAGACCUGACGGCAAGAUCGAUGUGGCUGUGGAAGCUGCAGCUGGUGGCACGAGCGAGACGCUCACCUGUGACGUUCUGCUGGUGUGCAUUGGCCGUCGUCCCUUCACCAGUAACCUCGGCCUUGAGACUGUCGGUAUCGAACUGGAUAACCGCGGGAGAAUCCCUGUCAACGGCCGCUUCCAGACCAAAGUGCCCAAUAUCCAUGCCAUCGGAGAUGUUGUAGCUGGACCCAUGUUGGCCCAUAAAGCAGAAGAUGAAGGUAUCAUUUGUGUCGAGGGAAUGGCUGGAGGAGCCGUCCAUAUCGACUACAACUGUGUGCCCUCCGUUAUAUACACGCACCCUGAGGUCGCCUGGAUCGGCAAGACUGAGGAACAGCUCAAAGAGGAAGGCGUGCCAUAUAAGAUAGGCAAAUUCCCCUUCGCAGCCAACAGCAGAGCUAAGACGAAUGCUGAUACAGACGGACUGGUAAAGAUCCUCAGCCACAAGGACACAGACAGGAUGCUGGGAGCGCACAUUCUGGGAUCGGGGGCAGGAGAGAUGAUUAAUGAGGCUGCAUUAGCUAUGGAGUAUGGAGCAUCAUGUGAGGAUGUUGCAAGAGUGUGUCACGCUCACCCUACUGUAUCAGAGGCCUUCAGAGAAGCUAACCUUGCUGCUUCGUUUGGAAAAGCUAUCAACUUCUAGAUUUUCUUCACAUACACUUGUAAAUAAUUUAAGUAUCUGCUGCAGUUUUUAUUUUUUUUUCAAACAGAUCUGGAGUUCUUCAGUCUCUGAGCUUUCAGAUGUAUCCUUCUUGCAUACAUGCAGAACAACCCUGUCUGUUAUUUAAAUGUCCUAAUUAAAGAGUUUGGGUCUCAUGUUGAACUUCGCCUGACUAAGAAUAUGAUUUGGAUUUUAUAAAUCAGUGUCGUUUACUGUUGUUAUAUGUAACAUUUCAUACUGUUGGUCAUAAAUAGUCUCCUGAACACCAAAGUAAUAAUUUGGACGAUGGGGAAAAUGGACUUUGGCUGUACUGAAACACACAGGAGAUGAAUAAAGAAGAACAUCAUUA